GGCAUCAAAUCCAUAAACUAACAAAAAAAUAGACACUGACAGACACGCAACACAAAUCUUACAGUUUUCUGGGGUAACUACUUGGGCUACACAUAGAAUAGAAUUUCACGGUAGACUUGGUAGAUAUCGGUAGAUUACGAAACAUAACGAUAGAUAACGAUAGAUAACGGUAGAUUACACCAGUGUGCAACUAUGUCGAAAAUAAUUUCCAAUAAAAAGUGUUUGACGCGUCCCAAUCAUACGCCCUCUCUGAUGAAUCGCAGAAACAUUCCUAUUGUGUUGUCGGCCAAACGCUUCGAUGAAAUCUUGUCCAGAGCAACCAGAGCUGAACAGGAGCAGCAUCGGUACAUGGAAUACCUCAGGGAUGGCAACGAGUACAUUUGCGGAAUCUUUAAACCUUUUGCCCCGGUGUCGAUCGACGAACAGAAGCAAGCCAAGCUGGAACUGGAAGAGAAGGAGGCCGUCAUCCGGAAACGACAAGUGUCGCUAGAGGACGAACAACUACGCAACGAGCGCGUCUAUCGGGCCAAGAUAACAUUGGAAAACAUGAAGCCGGCCCAGAGGUCUCUGAACAGGGCUCGUCUGCAGAGCGAAGUGAUCUUUCAGCGACAGCUUAACGAUAAGCUGAACCUUCGAAUUGCCUAUGAUGCUCAGGUUCAGCAGAAACUGGAUGAUGAGCGGUGUGGCGCGACCUGCAUCCCAUACUGCGCGCUCACUGAGCAGGAGCAAAAAAGGGAGAAAAGGGCAAAGGCGCUCAAGUACGGGAAAGAGUUGGCCAAGGACAUUGAGGAAACGCGACUGCGCAAGCUGGACGAAAAGAAGCAGCAGGACGCCGACUUCACUGUGAAGCAGGCGCAGUACCAGUCCAUGCAAGAGCUAGAGCAGAAGGCAGCCAAAGAACGCGAUGCGAAAAGUCGCCAGUUCCUUCGUUGCGCCUAUCAAGAUGCCCUCAAGGAAAAGGCGCAGCUAGCAAAAUACAACGAAAGCUGCCAAGAUAUUGAAGAUCGUACAAUUUUUUUCAAUAACGAGAUGCGUCAUCAGCUGACUACGGACUCUGCCAAGUGCAUCAAAAAGCAGCUGGCCGACCGGAUACUUCAAAGGGAGCAAGUUGCUUUUGAAGUGAGCCAACGUCAGACAGCAGCGAGACGCCAUGCCUUAGCCUCAAUUCUACAGGAUCAGUUUAUGGAACGGUACAAUAACGAUCUGUUUUUUGAGGCAACAACUCGUCAGAGUAGGCUAGAGAAAUUGGCAAAGGAACGUCGUGCUUACGAGCUGGAGGAACGCAAGCAGCUGGAGCUGCGACGUCAGCAGCUCGCCGAGAUUCGCCGUUUUCAAAUUGCAGAACGAUUAAAGAAUCAACAGAUAAACCAACAAAUCGAAGUUUGUCGCAAGGCUAAAAAACAAGAAGAUGCCACUGAACUAAGACGGAUGCUUUGUGACCAGCAUGACGAGUUCCGUGCGCGCCGUCAGCAGGAGCAACUGCGUUUGUCUUCCUGCCAAGCAGACCCCCAUCUAGCAGACGAUGUCAAGUUCUUCAACGAUGCGCUCGAUGCGAUGACUGCUGCUCAAAAGACGGGUCGCCCCAUGAAGCCCAUAGCUAAGGCGGUCGAGACCUAUCGACGCCAGAACCACAUAGGAGUGCCCGAGAGUCAAGUGCUGACCAGGUCGAAUAUACGUGACUACUGCUGGCCCGGUUACUAUUCGAAGGCCGAGUUGGCUUUCAAAAACUACCAGCAUCGAAAAGAGUGCCUCGAUGAGCAGCAGCACGACCGCGCGCAGAUCCUCGAAAACUGUAUUAAAAUCACAAAAAUGGCUGCCGAAGAGUUGCCCAAGCUGCAGCAGAAUCCAUGCGAGUCCUGCAACGAAAGUAGCAUUACCGACGGCACUCCAUCCAGUACUCAUGGAAAUUAUCUACUCAAGUCGUCAAACAUGGAGGCCCACGGCAAUGGUCAGAUAAAUUUGAAAAAUUCUGCGCAGGGUUCUUCAACUGUGAGAUUUGCUGAGCUGGACAAUGGCGAUGUUCGCAACUCAAAUAGCUCAAGCUCUACUGAACGGUGUCUAUCUAUCUAUGAUCUGCGGUAAGCAUCAUACAAAUGAUACAGAUGAAUAGUAGUAGAACCGAGUUAAAGAAGUUCGUUCUCAAAAUUGAGCAACAAGCAGAUGGAAAAUUUCUAUCCAUUCGCAAUUUAUUUACGACCUUUGUAAGAGCUUGGUUCUUUAAGGAACUUUGUAAUACAUUCACUCACUAAUAUGAAUAAACUUCUACAC